AUGUGGAACGAGGUGAAUGCGGGUGAAAAGAAAUCCAUUUCUACAGUUGCGAGAAACACAACGAGUGAAUUCCAGAGCCGUGUAAACAACAGCCCCAAUACCACAGGAACUAAUAGCAAUACGACUACUACUACUACUACUACUAAUAAUAAUAAUAAUAAUAAUAAUAGUAAUAGUAAUACUACUACUAAUGCUAAUAUGAUUAGUACGAGUAUGGGGCAUGAUAGUCAAGAAGGAGGAGGAGGAGGAGGAAUGCGUGGAAAACAUUAUCAUCGUGGAGACCCAUUAAUGCGACCAAGCAGUCGAAUGGCCUACCAUCACAAACACCACAGUAUUCAACACCAACAUCAAUUACAAUUACAUCAACAUCAACAUCAUCAUCAUCAUCAACAGCAGCAGCAGUUCCAUACAUCCAGUUUCCCUGCGGGGUAUUCUCUGCAAACCUCCUCUUUAGCCCCACCAGCACUGCCUUCUUCUUCUUCUUCCAGCAGUUAUCGUGCGAAACAGAACAGACGUAAAAGUAUAGAAGAUUACGAUGAAGAGGAGGAUGUGGAUGGACUCCAUUGCCCUUCUUAUGCAGCCGCCACCGCAUCGGGAUUGACCAUCCCAACAACAACAACAGCUAGUGGAAGUAGUAGUAGUAGUCGUUUGGCUGCCCAACAACAAUACCCACAUCUGCAGCGAUCCACAAGUAUGGAUAGUAAUAGUAAUCAUACCAUGAUGCAGCAGUGGCAAAGUGCAAUGUGUAAUCAUGCGGCUGGGAGUCGUAUGAAUCCAUAUGAAUAUACUAGUUUGCCGUUUCCACCCUUUUCCAUGCCUAUGCAAGAGGCGGUUAAUUACACAUAUCAACAGUGGGGACAAACAACAGGAGUUCCUUAUAAUCUAUCUACACCUUUUACAACAACUACCACCACUGCAGCAGCCCCUCAGUAUUAUCAUCAUCAACACUAUCAACAACCACCACCACUACCACCACCACCACCACCGCCACUAACACAACAACAACAACAACAACAACAAUACCAUCAAGGUAAUCCAUACCCAAAACAACCUCUUCACAGUCAUGAAUAUCAAUGCUAUCAUUAUCAGGUACACCACCACCAUCAACAACAACACCAGAGUCACCACCGUCAUCAUAAUAGUCAACAUCAACAUCAUCAUCAUAAUAGUCAACAACAACCACAACAACAGAGUCAACCUUCUCAAUUCCAUAUGAGCCCUUCAAUGGAAGUAUCUAAAACCGAAUUUGACCCUGGACUUCCACGCAUGGAUGAGAAAAAGGAUACUGUGUUAGACUAUGUGAGAAGUAAAAGCCCAACUGGAAUGAUGGUACCAGAAGGAGGAGAAGGGGGAGGAGAAGAAGAAGAAGAGGGGGAACAGAGUUUGAUAGGGGAAUUAGCAGCUACUAUUACACCCUCCAAUAGCACAAGUGCACGUCGUGGACACAAACUCUCUCAAGAAGGUGGCGGCGGCGGCGGCAGUUCUCAGUUCACAGAGUUAGCGGGUGGUUCUUUGGAUGGAAGAAGUGGAAAUGCGAAUGUUGGGGAUGUGCAAUCUCAACGCACUAGCGCAAAGCCUGAGAAUGGUACAGGUGGUAGUAGUAGUAGUUUGAAAAGUAGUUGGAGUCUUGCUGGUGGAAAUAGUGGGACGCACACAUUUAAUACAGCAGAGAAUAAUAAAUCCUCUACUUCACCCUUUACUCGUUUUGCAACAGCAACACCACCAACACGUACUGUGGCAGAGACACAAGGUCUUCAACCACCAUCUUAUAAAAGCUCGCUUUUGGCAACCGGGGGGAAUAACAAUAAUAAUAAUCAUAAUAAUCAUAAUAAUAAUUAUCAUCAUCAUCAUCAUCUUCAUCAUCAUCACAUGUAUACUUCAAUGAAGGGUAUGCCCAAUUUGUCUACGUUAAAUGAAUCGCAAGAUGAACCCAUUCCUCUUGAAUUAGGCUGGACUCAAAAGAAGGGAAAUACGACAGGUUUACAGGAGACACCAACAGAAAAACGUUUAAUGCCUGAAAACAUGUGGAAGACAAUGAGUAAAGAACCGAUGACUUGUACACCUGAUCCAGAGCAACAGAGUUCUACUAUAAUAGAUGGUGAAAAGAAAGGACCAGCACUCUCUAUAGAAGCUGAACAUGAAACAACAACAACUACAACUACUACUAAUACUAAUACUAAUACUAUAGGUAUGCCAGAAAGUCUUAAAAGUACCCCACAGAUUGAACAGUAUGGUAAAGCUGAAAGACCACCUUCUCUUGAUUUAUGUGGGUCUAAUGAAGCCGCUCGUCGUGGAAUUCCAAUGACAGAGUUAGCUUGGGUGCGAUCGUAUCCCUCCCUUCCGCAUCAUCAUCAUCAUCAUCAUCAUCAACAACAUUAUCAUCAUCAUCAUCAUCAUCAUCAUCAUCAUCAACAACAUUAUCAUCAUCAUCAUCAUCAUCAUCAUCAUCAACAACAUGCUCAGCCAAUGUAUCCACUUAGUUUAUCUUCAGAACCUUUAGGAAAUAAUUAUGAUCCUCCAGCGCAUCAUCGUUCACGAAACUCUAAUGUGGCAGGAUCACCUGUUGCCUCUUCACAUGGUGUCUCUACGGGAAAAAUACCCUCAACGACCAAUCGUCUGAUGGGUCCUCCAGGUGUUGGUGGAUCAUCAUCUGCUGAAUCUAUUGUUGAUAUUCCCGGCAAUCAACAUCGCAAUCAAACGGGUUUGACACAACAACAACAACAACAACAACAACAACAACAGCAACAACAACAUUAUUUAAAUACUGGCACGAAUGCAUCACCAACUGCUGGUCGUGAGGGUUUUGUGGAAGCUGGAGGAACCUCCACGGGUUCUAAUACUAAAAAUGCUGGACGAAAGUUUACUCCCGUCACUUCUUCACCUCGCUGUGCCAUGUUGUAUGAACAACAAGGAGUACAGGAAGAUUUAUUUGAAGAGAGAGAUGUGGAAUUGCCAUUUGAUUUUUCUUCUUAUGGAAAUAUUGUUUCUUUUGUUAAUGCUAUUGCCCCAGAGGUAAGUAUAGAUCGAAUCGUAGAAACAUCAUGUAGUGCUGAUGAUACGACAGGAGCCCUUCAAGAAGAGUCUGGAGGGGCUGAACCCAAUUUAAAAUGUAUAGAACCAUCUAUUUCUUUAAUAAAUGUAUGGAAGUCUUUGGAUUUUCCAUUUGCUUGUACUAUUCCACUUCCAAUGCCAGUUUCUCUUGCACCUAUGCGACAUCCACAAGGACAACUUGCGUAUACACCAUUUCUUAGUGGAUUUCGUCUUCGAUUUCUUGAGACAUCUCCAACGUACAUGAAACUAAAGGCUAUGAAUCAAAGUGUAAGUGGUUCAUCAUCUGUUACUUCCCAACAUAAUAACGCUAUGAAGAAGGAAGAAUCUCCAUCUUGCACUUGCUCUACUGGGAUUAUUACGACUACGAAUAAUACAACCUUAGGUACUACUACUACUAGUGCUACUGCUACUACUGCUAAUAAUAAUAAUAGUAAUAAUAAUAUGGAAAAGCAGGAAACAAUAGGACGACCAACUUCCACCUCUUCUUCUUCCCCUUGUGCUAAAUCUCCAGAAGCUAUAGCCUCACCUGAAGAGGCACAAGAAAAUAUGACGGAGAAUUUUUCACAUGAUGUAGAAUUGGGUUUUGUUACUUGGGGAGCCACAGAAAGGCCAGACCAGCGAAGUCUAUUAUUAGAACAGGUAUACGAACUUGCAGAAUCUAAUCCACGUUAUUCUGUAUUAUUAAGUGCUACUACAGAUGAAUUGGAUCGUCAAUCAUGGUUUGCCGUAUUAUGGCAACCCGUAUUUGAUCAAGGCCAUACUGGAAAACAUAGUUGUGGAAGUUUUAUUGUUUACUAUGCAUUACGUCCACCACGUCAUAUUGGAUCCAGUUGUGUCUCUAACGCUAUUUCUUCAAUGAAUAGUGAUUGGAUGAGUCCUGUUUUCCGCUGCGAUCGUGAAGGAAUUCAAUGGGAUAUGUGGGCCCCAACCGCAUCUCCAUGUGAUGUUACGAAUGACGUGGUAGGAAAGUCUAUGGAUAGUCCUAUUGGGGAAAAGACAACAUCUAUAUCUGUAUCAGCAUCCGCUUCCUUGGCAAAAGAAAUCAAUGGAGAGUUAAUUACAGAUAUAGCCACAGAAGCUUCAACCAAUAGUAUAGAAAGUCGUUAUACUAAAGUACAAAGUUCAACACGAUCUUGUAUAGAGUCUACUAUGAAUGGUGGAGUUUCUUGCCUUCCAUUAAAUAAUUCCCCUUUAUUAGUAGCAGGAAUGGGAUCCACAACAUGUCACGGUGUUGCCCGUAUUCCUGUUGUGGGUGUAGUACCUAAUCGCUGUCGUGCAGAUGUGUGGUUUCUACCAUGUUUGCACACGGACUCACAAGAUUGUCGUAAUAGACAGCGAAAGAAUAACACAACAUCCUCACCUCGUUGGCGUUAUCGAGCUCCACUAUUUCUUUUUACGGCCGCACUACAACUCAUGUCUUGGAAUGCCUUGGAAGAGUUAUGGCGUAAAGUGGUGAAGAGAACAGGAAUUCAAGGCAACAUGAGAUCAUUAACAAUCGGCAGUAAUAAUAAUACUAAUACUAAUAGUAAUACUAAUAGUAAUAGUAAUAAUAAUAAUGAAAUGCUGAUGGAUAAUGGAUCAAAGAUGAAUAAUGUUCCUCUCUCAGUUGUUGCUGCUGCCGUUGCCGCUACUGCAACUACUACUGGCAAUGGUAAUACUAAUAAUACUAAUAAUAAUAGUAGUGUGGGUGCUGGUGUUACGAAUAGUACAUACAGUACGAAUACAAGUAUUCCAUCGCCCUUAUGGCCUCCUGCAAUGUUGCCUGAAGAUAUUGUAUCUGGUCUGGAUUUAUUAAUUGAUGGGGCACGAGGCUAUCGACAAUAUCGUGAGAGCAUCAAUACAGAUACUGGCACAACAACAACAACAACAACAAUAGGAGGAGGAGGACAAGAGUCUGCGGAUAGUAAUGGAGGAGCAAACAACACUUUGGGUGAUGGGGCCAGUACGGCUACGAACACAACAAUUGGGACGGCCACCGUGACGGAUAUGGCCGCUGUUGUGGAGGGACUGCCGGACUUUUAUCAAUGGGCACAGUUUGAUGCGCCGCUGUUGAAGUAUGCAGAGCGCUACGUGUGA